GUAGAGUCUAGUGUUGAUAUUCUUACUGUUAAUCAUGAAUCACCCAGGAAUACAACGGGAUCAAAUUUGAUCGACGAUCCGAAUAGAACAGGAGAUGAUCUACCGUCAUUACCAAACGAGGAAAUGGAUUAAUGGAACGCUGAGCUGAAUCACCGAGAUGGAUGAUCUGUUUGGCAAGAAAAAAGAAUCGAGCGCUAUUCUGGACCUAUCCAAAUCGGUCGCAAAUUCUAAGGAGGAGCUAAGGCGGCUUCUAGAUAAGGUACCAGAUUUUAAAAUAAGGCCCGAAAAAGUACCGGAGGAAACGAUAAAGAUCAAGGACAAAUCUUUCAAGCUCAAAUCGUGCAAGAAUGAUUUGAAGGCUAUGAAGGAAAAAUAUCCAUUUUUGAAUCCACUGCCCAAUGAAUUGAGUUCAUUGAAAAUCAGUGACUUAGCUGCGGUAUCCAUCGAUUGGAGGAUGUUAACAUCAGCGAGACCUAAGACGAAAAUUGAAGAGAACUACUUUUCAAGGAUUAUUGAAUUAGCUAAACUCGAGCGCAAAACUCGUGAACAGGAAAAAAGGGAAAAUGCAAAGGAUCCGCAAAUAAAAAAGUAUAAAAAUAAAGCCGGAGUUGUGGAGAAGAGGAUAGCGAUAUGUGCUGAAUGUGGACAGGAAUUUUGCAAUGGUGAAGUUUGCACAAAAUUUUCUUACGAUUCAUUUGCAAGAGUUCCUGUAGCUGCGCCGAAAACAACAGCCAAGAAAACUGUAGAUAAUGUUGAAAGUUUCAAAAAUAAAAUAAAGACAAGGGGGAGAUCUAAAAGUAAAUCCAAAAAAGAACACUCUCCACGAAGAAAGACCAAAUCGCCAAGAAAGAAAUCCCGAGGCAGAAAAAAAUCUUCCAAAAGAGAAUGAAGUUUUAUACAAAAGCUGCCUCACUACUUAUUGAUACAAUAACGUCAGAAUAAAUUAUCCCUUCAAUUCAACCAACAAAAAUGUAGAAAGGUUAGGUCGAAAGGUUAUCAACAGAAAUUAGUUAAAAUAAUUGAGUUAUAUAUGUAACAACGAUUUGUUUCUAUUUUGAGGUAAUGUGGUUCUAUAUUAUCAGAGUUAUGAGGUGAAUAUUUCAUAUUGAUUCUCAAAAAAAUGUUUUGUCCAAAUUCAUCAAAACUUUUUUAUG